GGAGGUGGUGGGGAGGGGGGGCAGGAGGAGGAGGGGGGAACGAGCGGACGGUGAGCGGGGAGCGGGAGGAGGCGCGGAGGUGACGUGCAGAGCGUGCAGGCCAGGCUUCUACAGCUCCGGGGGGCCCGGGGGAGACGGGGGGCGAGCGGGCUGCCUGCGCUGCCCCCCAAUGAGCCACUCGGCGCAGCGGGGGGCCAGCUCGUGCGAGUGCAGCGCGGGGUUCCACAGAGCCCCCCACGAAGCGGCUUCCACGCCGUGCACACGCCCCCCGUCGUCUCCCCGUGACCUCGUGUCGCGGGUCAACGGGACGUCCGUGUGGCUCUCGUGGUCGCCCCCCGCCGACCUCGGGGGCCGCUCUGACCUCUCCUACUCGCUGGAGUGCCUCCGCUGUGGCACCCCCCCUCCUGCCCCCCCUCCUGCCCCCCCUCAGCAACAGCUUCUCACACUCAGAUUCACGCAGAAUUUCCAGCAGCAGCAGCAGCAGCUGCAGCCUCUCCGGGUCUCUCCGGACAACUGGAACGCCAGCGGCACCGGCACCGGCGGCACCGGCGUCAUUCGGGAUUCCUUGGGACUCCGGAUCCGGAACCGCCUCUUCCCGGCGCAGUUCCGUGCCCAGGAUCCUGUCGGAGUUUUCCCGGAGUUCCGGGCGGACGUCUCGGAGCCGGAGCGCCGCGAUCCUCCGCCGCUGCCGUCGAGACGACGCCCCCCGGGCCCCCAACCUCGCCUCUCGCCGGCGCGACCCCAGCGCUUCCCAGAGCCCGCCGGGGCGGCGCGGAGAGCGCGCCGCUCCGUGCGCCCGCGGCCGGGGCCGGGAACUCCGCCGGAGCCGCCCGGCGCUCCCGGCGGGGACGGCGGCUGCGUGCCGUGCGGGUCGCCCGAUCCCAUUUUCGAGCCGGCCCGGGAGGGCCUCGUCCGCCCCGAGGCGGCCGUGCGGGGCCUGGCGCCGCACACGGGAUACACGCUGCGCGUGCGCGCCGCCAACGGCGUCUCGGGCGCCGCCAACGCCGCGGCGGGGCCCUUCGUGUCGGUCAGCGUCACCACCAACCAGGCCGCGCCGUCGCGCGUGCCCUCGGUGCGCAAGGAGUCGAGCACCAGGGACUCCAUCUCCGUCUCGUGGGAGCGGCCGCUCCAGCCCAACGGACUCAUCCUCGACUACGAGCUCGCUGUGUCCGAGAAGGGCAGGCCCAACGUGACGGUGAUGUCCGUGCCGACGGCCCGCGCCGUGGUCCGGGGCCUGCGUGCCGGGCGGCGCUACGAGAUCUCGGUGAGGGCCCGCACCGUGGCCGGCUUCGGGGCCUUCAGCCUCCCCGUCGAGUUCACCACGGCCCCCGGCGGCGCCUCCCACGCCGUGGCCACGGCGGGGGGCCACGUGACGGUGGCCGGCGUGACGGUGGCCACCGUGGUGACGGCCGUGCUGCUACUGGCCGCUGGACUGCUGAUCACUCGCAGGCGCUGUGGGUACAGCAAGGCCAAGCAGGAUGAUGAGAAGCAGCAGUUCGAGAACGGGCACGCGAUGCUGCCUGGUGUCAGGUCCUACGUGGACCCCCACGCGUACGAGGACCCCAGCCUGGCGGUGCGCGAGUUCGCCAAGGAGAUCGCUCCCUCGGCCAUCAAGAUCGAGAAGGUCAUUGGUGGCGGGGAGUUUGGCGAGGUGUGCCUGGGCCGUCUGCGCUGCGCCGUGGGGGGGGCCGGCGGCGCGGGGGGGGGCGGGGGGCUGCUGGGGGGCCGCAGGGAGACCUGCGUGGCCAUCAAGACGCUGCGGCCCGGAUACUCGGAGCAGCAGCGGCGCGACUUCCUGGCGGAGGCCAGCAUCAUGGGGCAGUUCGAGCACGGCAACGUGAUCCAGCUGCGCGGGGUCGUCACCAAGAGUAAACCGCUCAUGAUCGUCACAGAGUUCAUGGAGAACGGCUCACUCGACUCCUUCCUCAGAAGGAACGACGGGCGCUUUGCGGUGAUGCAGCUGGUGGGCAUGCUGCGUGGCGUGGCGGCCGGCAUGCGCUACCUGGCCGACACCGGCUACGUCCACCGCGACCUGGCCGCCAGGAACGUCCUCGUCAGCGCCGGCCUCGUGUGCAAGGUCUCCGACUUUGGGCUCUCGCGCGUGCUGGAGGACGACUCGCACGCCACCUACACCACCGUGCAGGGGGGUAAGAUCCCGAUCCGCUGGACGGCUCCCGAGGCGAUAGUGCUGCGCACGUUCACGUGGGCGAGCGACGUGUGGAGCUACGGCGUCGUCAUGUGGGAGGUGAUGUCCUACGGGGAGCGGCCCUACUGGGACAUGAGCAACCAGGACGUGAUGAAGUCGAUCGAGGAGGGCUACCGUCUGCCGGCGCCCAUGGACUGCCCCGCCGCGCUCCACCAGCUCAUGCUCGACUGCUGGCAGAAGGCCUGCGCCGACCGGCCCAAGUUCGGCCACAUCCUCUCCCUUCUUGACCGCCUCAUCCGCAACCCCAACAGCCUCAAGAUCCUGGCCAACGCCACCACUAGGCCACACAACCCGUUCUACGACCAGCACGCGCCGGGCUGUACCGCCUUCUCAUCGGUGGGCGAGUGGCUGGACGCCAUCAAGAUGGGGCAGUACAAGGAGCGCUUCACCCGCGCCGGAUACAGCUCGCUCGACGCAGUCGCCCGCAUGACCAUCGACGACAUCCGGCGGACGGGCAUCACGCUGGUGGGACACCAGAAGAAGAUCACAAACAGCAUCCAGUCGAUGAGGGCCCAGCUGAUGCACGUGGACAACACGGAGGUCAAAGUUUAAACGCAACGACCGAGCGUGGUGACCACCGCGGCCACAACGGCCCCAAACGUCGGCACGUGCUCCGGAUCCGUUUGUCGGCCCAACGUUUUGACCAACGUUAGGUCCAACGUCGCAGCAAUGUCUGGCACCGACGUUGGCCCAACGCCGCCACCGAACGUUUGGCUCCGACGUUUCCAGUGUUGCGUGUGCCAUCGGUCGGCUUGUGGUGUGAAGGUGCGGCCCUGCCCCAAACUCCCUUGCUCAGGGCGCGGGCUGGCGGAAGGCGCCCCAACUCGCUCCCCCCCCCCCCACUGCCCCACACCCCCCCCCAUCUCCUCACAGGGCGCAUCGUUUAAACGUGCGAGUGAGGGGCAAAGGGACCGUAAUGGUUUGGGAAGCGCUUCUGCCGGGCUUUUGGUCACUUCACCAACGAGACUUUACUUUGGCCUACUCCAUGUUGGCCACAACGUGUCACGGAAGAGCCGGGAGUUUACCCUCGCUUUAGAUGACCGCCGGCUAGCCACUCGCCCGCCCACCCGCCCGCCCGUCCGCCCGCACGCUCGCAUGCCCGCACGUCCGCGUGUGCUCGCGGGUGGACACGAUCGGCUGGAUUUAGGGAUAGAAACUCGCACCGUUGGUUUGCGACCAUGGUUCGAUUCCAUCUCCUGGCGCAACGCACCAGAUUGCUAACCACCACACCUGUGCCACAUUGGCCGCCUCCGAUACGAGCGGCGGAGGAGGUCACAUUUGGACGGGGUUUGUGCCGAUAUGGGGGGCUCGGUGGAACGCCAAUUGAAAAUGUUUUGAUAGUAGCCGCCAUAUUGGGGCACUUGCAGGGCGGCCAUUGAAAAUGGCGGCCAAAGGAGAAAAAAAUGGCUGCCAAAGGAGAAAAAAAAAUGGCGGCCUGGAACAAAAUGGCGGCCAGCGGCCAUUGGAGGAUUCGCCCGUACCUCUCCCGCGCUCACCGCCGCUGUGGGUGGUCGCUCUGUUGAGCCUGUGUCUUGCUCCGGUCUGCGGCACUCGAGUCUACGGCAUUGGGAGUGCCGGCCUUAACUCUGCAAUAGGGACCGUGCGCGCGUGUACGUGUGUAUGUGUGUAUGUGUGCGUAUAGGUGUAGGUGUGCGUGUGUCUAGUGAUGUAGUGGUGAGGGGUAGUGCAACGCUUAGCGCGCUGCACUACGAACCCGGCUCACGGUCAACACCGGUGACGGUUAUCUGAUUGGGUCCUGGGCCUCCUCGAGGUCGACUCAGCCUCAAAUGAGUACCUGGUACGGUGUGUAGUAAGCAUUGCCACUGGGGAGACAAAGUCGGCCGGGUGUGGUGUUGGCCACCCACCCCCUCGUGUGCCGUGCCGGCCUUCAGAGGUGCUCGCUAACAGCACUUGCCCCAACGGUCUGGUAAAGGCUUUCGGGUGGGAUUCUUGUCUUUGUAUAGCAAUAUAGUGGGGAGUGGUGGCGCAGCGGUUAGCGCGCCGCGCCACAAUGCCCGGCGACGCCGAGUCCAAUUCCCGCUCACGACCGACAACAGUGGCAGCGACAACUUGAAUCGGUGCUGGGCGCCCGUCCCCUAGGUCGACUCAGCCUCAUGAAUGAGUGCCUCGUGCGGUGUGCAGUAAGCAUCAGCAUUGGGGGAGACAAAGGCGGCCGGGCGCGCGUGGUGCUGGCCACGCCAGACCUUCAUAGGUGUGCCGUGCCGGCCUUCGUGGGUGCUGCUCGCUGACAGCACUUGGCCCAACAGCCUGGUAAAGGCUACACGGGGGGCCUUUGUCUUUUUUGUAUUGCAAUGUGCUUUGUAUCGCGAUGGUGAUGCUGUUGCUGCUGUUGUGACGAUGAUAAUGUUGCUGCUGUGGUUGUGACAACGGCGAUGAUGAUGCUGUUGUCGUUGUUGUGACGACGAUGACGAUGCUGUCGUUGUUGUGAUGACGGUGAUGCUGCUGCUGGUGUCGUUGUGACGACGAUGAUGAUGCUGUCGACGUUGUCGUGACGACGGCGAUGCUGCUGAUGUUGCGACGAGGGCGAUGCUGCUGCGCAGUUUUUAAAACUGGGAGGGCGACCGACCGCCCCCCCCCCCCCACUGCCCGCCCCCCCCUCGAGUC